CUCUGUGAAUGCGGCCGCAUGUCAAUCACCGGCUCUCAUGUGAUGGCUCUUGCCAAUGACGUGCCAGCCAUAUGGGCCUGGCAUCAGAGCUGGUUGCUUGCCACGAUGUUGAGCCGGCUGUUCAGCGAGGUGCUGCCGGACGUCCAGAGACUCGCGGCUGACUGGGUGGAGGACAAUGAGAACGAGGACGGCACGGCCAAGGAAGAUGAGCACGAGCCCUGUCAUCUCGGCGAGGACGACCUGGACGAGCCACUGGAAGGCAGCAGCCGAGCUGAGUCUGAGAUGGCCGGCGACGAUGAUGAGGACGACGAUGCCGAGGAAGAGGAGUGCGAGGAUGAAAACAGUGGAGACAAACCCAAGAAGCGCGGCCCAAAGAAACGCAAGAUGACGGCGGCGCGCGUCGAGCGCUCUAAGGUGCGCCGAAUGAAGGCAAACGCGCGGGAGCGCACGCGCAUGCACGACUUGAAUUCUGCGCUGGACAAUCUGCGCAAAGUGGUGCCAUGCUACUCCAAAACCCAAAAACUCUCCAAGAUAGAGACUCUGAGGCUGGCCAAGAAUUAUAUAUUAGCCCUUGGGGAGAUUUUACGCAACGGGAAACGUCCAGAUGUGGUGACCUACGUGCAGAUGUUGUGCAAAGGCCUGUCCCAGCCCACUACCAACCUGGUGGCAGGUUGUCUGCAGCUCAACACCAGGAACUUCCUGACUGAACCAUGUUCAGAUGGAGCCCGCUUCCACAUGCCCAGCUCUCCUUUCUCUGUCCACCCCUACCCGUACCGGUGUUCCCGCCUCUCCAGCCCUCAUUACCAGCCCGGAACCGGUGCGCUUAACUUGCGGGGCCAUUCCUACAGUGCUGGGUACGAGGCCGUGUACCCGCCGGGUGGCACAUCCCCUGACUAUAGCAGCCCGGACUACGAGGGGCAGCACAGCCCGCCCGUCUGCCUGAACGGCGGACUGUCCGGGAGACAGCAGGAGCCUUCUGAGACAGACAGGAACUAUCAUUACUCUAUGCAUUAUUCCGGACUGACCACGUCUCGACCCAGUCACAGCAUACCUUUUGGGCCCUCUGGAGCGCGCAGUGGAGGUGCGCACUCGGAAAACAUUCCACCUUUCCACGACGUGCACUUGCAUCAUGACAGGGCGCCCCCUUAUGAGGAUCUCAAUGCUUUUUUCCACAAUUGA